UGAAGAAGCUUGCAUGCACGCAUCGAGAGCAUACUGGCUAAGGGCCAUUUCCUUUGUGGCUGAGGAAGAAGUAGCAUACUCAUUCUGUUCCGAACCAUGAAGCCUGAUAGAAGCCAGAAGCUGAAAAAGCAAGGGCAAGAAAAAGUUGAUGACCCACGGCGUCCUCCGCCUGACAGAAAUACUCAGCUUCAUCAGGAAGCACUUGGAAAAGUCGUCGCAUUUGGCAUCAGAAGAAAAGCCGCAGCGAAGCACAAAAAAUCCACUGAGGACAAAGCCAAACAGCCGGUACCAACCGCAGAGCCAGCCGCUGAACCAUCCCGAGAACUACCUGCAGAGUCUGCACCUGCGCUUCUCAUCUGCCUUGGAGUGUGUGUCUUCGGCUCAUUCGUUCUCGUCGUUGUCAUCUUACAGUUCUCGAGUCAACUUAAAGGUCUCGUGAGCAUUGGAAAAGAACAUCGCGGUUGCCGAAGUUACGAGUGUCUGGGCGCCAAAGAAAUCAACCGUAAAAUGAACUCUGACAAGAUUAUGCCCUGCUAUGAUUUCUAUCUCUAUUCCUGCGGCGGGUGGUUUGAAACACACGCCACAAGCACAUCGUCCAUAGACGUUUUAAGCAACAUUGUCAUGAGCAAACUGAAUCAGACCAUUUACGAACACGUCUUAGGGGAUCCGAACAAAGACAGAUUUCAUGGCAUGGUCACCUUCUACAGGUCCUGCUACGAGUUUCACAGGAAGCGACACCCUGUGGCAAUAUUACAGCCACAGGUCUUCCAAGCUCUAGGGCUGACCGUACACGAAUGGGUCAGGGCACACGACAUUUCCUCUAUAUUCGACGCUAUGAUGCACAUGACAAUGUCAGAUGGAAUAGACACAUUCUAUUCCAUAGAGUUCGUUGACGACAACGGGCAGAUUAGGCUGAAGAUCGCGCCGGCUGUUUCGAUCAGAAGAAAACUGUUGUAUGACGACGAAGCUGACACGCGCGCCAGACUUGAGGGCUAUAUGGAAGGCUUCAUGGAUAAUAUAGACAGAAACAUCUUCGACGUAAAGACCCAACAGGUGAUACUGUCCAUCGACAGCGAAUUCGACGAGGCAGCCGAAUUCCAAGGUGACGACGCCGAGGAACUUGUUCCCUUUUCCAAUUUACCGGAGGUCGCUGGCGUAUUAGCUGUAAGUGAUUGGCUUGAAGUUACCAACCGGUACAUUAAAGACACCAGAAGAAUGUUACAACUGAGCGACAUAGUUAUAAUGAUCAGCCGCCAGGUCCUGCAGAGACAGACACAGACUCUUUUCAAGCAGAAUUCGUUGCAUCUCGCGCUCUACUGGAUUCUCCAAGCGUCUGCUAGCUUGCUAAGGUUUGACUUCAAUCAUCUCUUGGCUCCUCAUCAUGAUUGCCUUCUUCACACGCACAAAGUCUUCGCCAGCGCUUUCACGACCUUAGUUGCCAAUGUGCACGUCGGAGAGCCUCGAAUACGUUACUUCCACGCGUUCUUCGAUCGUGUUCGUAGUCAAGUGAUCGAAGAUCUCUCGACGGCAACAUGGCUCGAUACAACCGCUCGAAGAACUGCACAGGUUCGAGUUCAGGCCGUCAAACUCAAGAUGAUCACGCCUGAUACAGCAGGCUUGCUGUUAAAUACGCCACGAAUGAGCAGUAACUUCUUGAAAAACUAUGUCGUCAUGUUAGGGCACCGUAAACAUGAAAACUAUAGGUUUCCCAUGCGGAGCGAAGUGAGAGAGGAACAACAAGAUAAAGAAGCUCUCAUGAUUGGCUGGGCAAAAUACGUUGCAGAUCGCAACGUCAUCAUCGUACCCACAACAAUGCUUAUGGCACCUGCAUUCUACGACAUUGACGAAGACGUUUUUAUAAACUAUUCGGCAGUAGGAUCGACCUUCUUCCAGUUACUUUCAGUGGCGAUAACCGGACAGGACGAAUAUGUUACACCCCUGUGGCCCGAAAAGACACAAGCAGCCUACAACAGCAGCCUUGCAUGUUACGUGGAUCAGUUCACCAAACUCGUCGGGGACAAGCGCGUGGUGACUCCUCAGCUAAGGAGUCUUCUGUUUUCUACGACACGGAGCCUGUCCCUCGCGUACUCUUUCUCCAAACCCACGGACACGCUGUCCAAGAAGUUAUUCUUUGGACGCUUUUGUCAGCUUCAGUGUUACAGUGACUUCGAAAGCAAACCGGCGAUACUCCCCGCGAGGGCAAUAUGCCAUGUCGCGGUGCAGAAUGCAGCUGCCUUCUUCGAGACCUUCAAGUGCACCUACGGCGAUCGCAUGGAGCCCCAAAGAACGUGCAAUGUUAUUUGAUAUCCGCGGCCAACUCUGGAGCGUGCAUUCCUGGACGUUACACGUGGUGCAUACAAGUUUACUUGUACCAUAUCUGCAUCUGUUUUCUUUUAUCCUUGCCGCAUCUUGGCGUUAUCGAAUUAUGGCAUUCUACUGUGAUAGAACACAAUACCCUCCUAUAAUAACACAACACGCUCCUAUAAUAAUCAUGUUGGGUUGCCACUUGUCACGGGGACAUGUCAUUGAGUGCAUGCAGUCAUUUUUUGAUGUGCUCAGUGAAGAAAAUUGAAUAAAAUGGUUUACCCGUGUG